AUGCCCAUAAACAUCAUCGAAGCACUGGUGACCGAUGGUCCCGAUGCGGUUCCCGGAUCAAGGUUUGUGAUGAAGUACGGGCCCACGGUGGCUGUGAUUGGAGCGCUGAAAUGGUACUUCCAUGGUAAGACGAACACUUGGGAACGUGAUUUACAUGGCAAGGUCUAUAUGGUGACUGGGGGCACCAGCGGCGUUGGUGAGCGGGUUGUGGAGGAGCUGGCCCGGCGUGGGGCUCAGGUUAUACUGCUUGUCAGAAGCACAGAGGAUUACUGGACCACUGAGUUUGUGCAAGACCUUCGAGAACGGUAUGAGAACUUCUUGAUCUAUGCCGAGGAGUGUGAUCUGAGUGAUCUCUACAGCAUACGUAAGUUUGCUACGAAGUGGCUGGACAACGUGCCACCACGUCGUCUGGAUGCUGUGGUUUGCUGUGCUGGUGAAAGCAUGCCCUAUGGUAAGGAACGUUGCAACUCUGCUGACGGCAUAGAACUACACACUGCAGUGAACUACGUCGGCCAUUACCACCUCUUGACGCUGCUGUCUCCAGGGUUGAGGGCCCAAUUGCCCGACAGGGACGUUCGUGUGGUGCUGACGACGUGUAUGUCACAGGCCAUGGGGAAGAUUGACGUUGAUGAUCCUCUCUUCUUGAAACAGAGAUAUACAAAGAAUUCGCCGUGGAAAGUGUUUGGCACAUCAAAGCUACAGUUGAGUAUGUUUGCCAAAGAGUUCCAAAGGAGACUCCAGGCGAUCCCUCGAAAGGAUGGGUAUCCGUGUAACGUUAGGGUCAACGUUGUCAACCCAGGGUUGAUGAGAUCACCUAGUACGAAGCGUGUAUUGAGUUUUGGCUCUCUGAUUGGUUUACUGCUGUACCUGGUAUUUUGGCCUAUUCUAUGGAUCUUCUUGAAGAGCACAAGACAAGGUGCACAGUCCUACUUCUAUGCGCUCAUGUGUCCUGAUCUCAUCGACGCAGACGGUGGUAAGUUCAUUGCCAAUUGUGAGCUGUACGAACCGGCAAGACCAGAGCUGAAGGACGAGGAGUUACAGAAGAAGCUGUACGACAACACGGAGGCUGCAAUUGCCAAAGUUGAGAAGGAGAGCGCAAUACAGCGUAAACGUGAGGAAGCCAAAGAGAAGAAGAAGGAGAUGAACAGAGAAAAGAAGCAAAAUGGUAAGGCUACAACCACCAAGAAGGAUGCAAAGAAGGCUGCAAAAUCUGUCAGCUCCAGUGAUAAGCGCACAGGUGUACCUGAAAUUCCCUACAACACCGAUAACAAAGUUGGUAUCAGUGAAUCCUCGAGGGAACAGCUAUUCCCGGAUGAGCAUAUUGAUCCCCAGACGGAGCCAACUGUUGCGGUCUCAACCUCUUCAGCUAAACCCACGGGGAAAGCUACACGCAAAGGCAAGCGAAAGACGUGA